AUGGGGAAGGAGCAGGAGCUGCUGGAGGCGGCCCGCACCGGACACCUCCCGGCCGUGGAGAAGCUGCUGUCCGGGAAGCGGCUUUCCUCAGGCUUCGGGGGCGGCGGCGGCGGCGGCGGCGGCGCUGGAGGCGGUAGCGGCGGCGGCGGCGGCUCUGGAGGCGGCGGCGGCGGUCUUGGCUCCUCGAGCCAUGCCCUGUCCAGUCUGCUCAGCAUUUGGAGAGGGCCAAAUGUGAACUGUGUUGACAGCACUGGGUAUACACCUCUGCACCAUGCUGCUUUGAAUGGCCAUAAGGAUGUGGUCGAGGUUCUUCUGAGGAACGACGCGCUGACCAACGUGGCUGACUCUAAAGGCUGUUAUCCGCUGCACUUGGCAGCCUGGAAAGGAGACGCCCAGAUAGUGCGGUUGCUCAUCCAUCAAGGGCCCUCACACACCAAAGUCAAUGAACAGAAUGCUCUUGAGAUCAAAGAACUCAAAAAGUACGGCCCCUUUGACCCUUAUAUCAAUGCCAAGAACAACGACAACGAGACAGCCCUGCACUGCGCAGCCCAGUACGGCCACACUGAGGUGGUGAAGGUGCUCUUAGAGGAGCUGACUGACCCCACCAUGCGCAACAACAAGUUCGAGACGCCCCUGGACCUGGCUGCACUCUACGGGAGGCUGGAGGUGGUGAAGAUGCUCCUCAACGCACACCCUAACCUCCUGAGCUGCAACACUAAGAAGCACACCCCUCUGCACCUGGCAGCGAGGAACGGCCACAGAGCCGUGGUACAGGUCCUCCUGGACGCCGGCAUGGAUAGCAGCUACCAGACGGAGAAGGGCAGUGCUUUGCAUGAGGCUGCUUUGUUUGGCAAGACCGAUGUGGUGCAAAUCCUGCUGGCUGCAGGAAUUGAUGUCAACAUAAAGGAUAACCGUGGACUGACCGCACUGGACACUGUCCGGGAGCUGCCGUCUCAGAAGAGCCAGCAGAUAGCGGCACUUAUCGAAGAUCACAUGACUGGAAAAAGAAGUGCAAAAGAAGUAGACAAAACCGUUGCACCCCAGCCACCUCUCAUCUCCAGCCUGGACUCGAUACCCCAGAAGUCUAAGGGUGACCUGGAGAAAGCAGUGACUGAACUGAUCAUCGAUUUUAACACCAACACAGAAGAGGAGGGUCCCUAUGAGGCGCUGUACAAUGCUGUCUCCUGCCAGUCCCUGGAUAGCACGGCCAGCGGACGCUCGUCCGACCGGGACUCUGUGAGCAAGGAGGCUGAGGCGGCCGGAGGGAAAGCUGCUGGAGUGCGGCCUAGAGAACGUCCUCCGCCUCCAGCAAAACCACCACCCGAUGAAGAAGAAGAAGACCACAUAGAUAAGAAGUAUUUUCCCUUGACAGCUUCUGAGGUCUUGGCCAUGAGACCCUGGAUUCAGGGGAGCGCAGCCAAGGAGGAGGAUGAACACCCUUAUGAGCUGCUGCUGACAGCAGAGACAAAGAAGCUGGUGUCCGUGGAUGGAAAGACAAAAGACCACAGGCGGAGCAGUGGUGGCCGAAGCCAGGACUCUGCAGAGGGGCAGGACGGGCAGGUCCCGGAGCAGUUCUCAGGUCUCCUCCACGGCUCCUCCCCAGUGUGUGAGGCGGGGCAGGACCCUCUCCAGCUGCUCCCUGCCCCUGGCCAGAACCAUCAAGAAGGGUCCCCUGCGCAGGGUGCCUGCCCCGAGGAGAUGCAGCUGGAGCAGACAGGCAGGCGUGCGUCCGGAGCCUCCCUGCCCCGCGUGCUGGACCAGAGUAGGAGAGCGGGCCACCCGGCAAGCCUGCCCCCCGCCCACAGCCAGACGCACCCCAAAACUGUGAUGCACACGGCCUUUCCACGCCCUGGGGGCGCUGAGGAGGAAGGUGACCUGAGCGGGCCCAGGAGCCGAGCCCCUCCCACCAGCAGACCCAAGGCUGAGCUCAAACUCAGCCGCAGCUUGUCUAAGUCUGACUCUGAUCUCCUGACCUGCUCCCCCACGGAGGACGCCACGAUGGGGAGCCGGAGUGAGUCCCUGUCCAACUGCAGCAUUGGGAAGAAGAGGCUGGAGAAGUCGCCCUCCUUCACCUCCGAGUGGGACGAGAUUGAGAAGAUCAUGAGCUCUAUUGGAGAAGGGAUCGACUUUUCUCAGGAACAGCAGAGGAUCUCAGGUGCGCGGCCGCUGGAACAGAGCGUCGGGGAGUGGCUGGAGGCCGUGGGGCUGCAGCAGUAUGAGAGCAGGCUGCUUCUCAACGGCUUUGACGAUGUCCGCUUCCUGGGGCCUAACGUGAUGGAAGAUCAGGACCUGCGGGAAAUCGGCAUCAGUGAUGCGCAGCACAGGCGGAAGCUGCUCCAGGCCGCGCGGUCCCUGCCCAAGGUGAAGGCGCUGGGCUACGACGGGAACAGCCCCGCGUCAGUGCCCUCCUGGCUGGACUCGCUGGGGCUUCAGGACUACGUCCAUUCCUUCCUGUCGAGUGGCUACAGCUCCAUUGACACUGUGAAGAACCUCUGGGAGCUGGAGCUUGUCAACGUCCUGAAGGUGCACCUGCUCGGCCAUCGCAAGCGCAUCAUCGCCUCCCUGGCGGACAGACCCUACGAGGAGCCGCCCCAGAAGCCUCCACGGUUCUCCCAGCUGAGAUGCCAGGACCUGUUCUCGCAGACGUCGUCCCCACUGAGCCAGAGCGACUCCUGUGCCGGGCGGUCAGCUGACCUGCUGCUGCCUCCUGGGGACAUGGGCAGGAGGCCGCACGACAGCCUGCACGCGCCUGCAGCGCCCUCUCGGGCAGAGCGCUUCAGAACCCAGGAGGAGCACCGAGAGGCCAAGCUGACCCUCCGGCCCCCCAGCCUGGCCGCCCCCUACGCCCCUGUGCAGAGCUGGCAACACCAGCCGGAGAAACUCAUUUUUGAGUCCUGCGGUUACGAAGCCAACUAUCUGGGCUCCAUGUUGAUCAAAGAUCUGCGAGGGACAGAGUCCACACAAGACGCCUGUGCCAAGAUGCGGAAAUCCACGGAGCACAUGAGGAAGAUCCCUACCAUCGUCCUGUCCAUCACGUACAAAGGGGUCAAGUUCAUCGAUGCCUCCAACAAGAACGUCAUCGCCGAGCACGAGAUCCGGAACAUUUCCUGCGCGGCUCAGGACCCAGAGGACCUGUGCGCCUUUGCCUACGUCACCAAGGACCUGCAGACCGGCCACCAUUACUGCCACGUCUUCAGCACGGUGGAUGUGAACCUGACCUAUGAGAUCAUCCUGACGCUCGGCCAGGCGUUUGAGGUGGCCUACCAGCUGGCCCUGCAGGCCCAGAAGUCCAGGCCGAUGGGGGCCUCUGCCGCUGAGGUGAUCGAGACCAGAUCUUCCAAGCCGGUGCCGAAGCCCCGGGUGGGCGUGAGGAAGUCAGCGCUGGAGCCACCUGACACGGACUCCGACGCCCAGUCCCACGCCAGCGUCUCCUGGGUCGUGGACCCCAAGCCAGACUCUAAGCGGAGCCUCAGCACCAACUGAGCCACCGAGGAACCGACUGUGCUGCAGAAACAGCCGUGCGGAGCGCAGGCUCCCGCCACCGCCGCUGCCACCGCCGCCUCACCUGCAUUGGAGACCCAGGCCCACCUCUGCCCGCAGGACUCCUCCCGGCUGUGGGCCCGGGCCGGCCGCCAGGCCUCGUGGAGGGAGCCCUGCCCCGGUGCCGAGCAGCCCUCCAGCCUCUAGCAGAUGAGACUGGGACUCCAGAGACCCUAGAAGUGACUUGUCCAGAAAACGUUUUUUAAUAGAAAAAUUUUUUUUAUAAAAUAACUUUUAACACUUGGCUCAAACCUCUAGGUUAAACUGCCAAUCUUUAGAUCAGUGGCCAUACGGUCCGAGGGUAGUGGGCCUCUGUCCUCAGGCUGGGGCGUGAGCGUGCUUGGGCAGCUCCGAGAGGAGACGCUGGGUGACCCGAGUGGCCCGACAGCCGCCCCCAUCAGCCACCGCUCCUUUCUGAGCCGCACACCCGGUUUCUCGUCCCCGCUGCGGCGGCUUCCACUCCGUCCGCGGCGGGCCGGGCAGAGGAUGAGCAGGUCCCGGGCUACCGUGGUCAGAACACCGCCCUGGGCUGCAGGCCAUGGGCCCUCCAGUGAUCUCAGGCCUGCCAAGUCGGAUCAGAAAGGAGAGGAAGCAGCUGUGUUUGUCUUGGGCAUUAACGGGUAGGUCAGCUGAGGCGGCUGCCUGCAGGUGUGUGAUUAGUACUCACUUUGGUCUGACUGUCCUCCUUUCAGCUCUGGGCUCACCCAGGCUCUGAGGGCAGAGAGGGCUGGGUGUGGAGGCAGUUUGCUCCCCCAGUGUGGCCUCCUGCUGGCCGGCUUUGCUUUGCGCCUUGGGCUGCGUCGCUCCUCCUGGAGGCAGUAGGAUGGGAGGGUCUCUCCUUGCGGCUGGACCAGGUCAGCUGCAUGUCUUGGAGCAGCUCCCAAAGCAGAGCCUUUCCUCCCCAAGCAGGCCCCCUGCUUUGCAGGCAUGGUGCAGUCGGUCCUGGGGUCAGUAGGUCCAAGGCCUUGGCCGCACCCCACCCCCCGGCCGAGAGCUCCGGAGGCAGGGGGUGCAGGCCCGGUGGGCUCCCUGCACCGUCCACACCACAGGCCCAGGGGGUCGCCCUUACUCUGGGAUGGAGACAGGUGGUCCUGCCCUUUCGGUACUAAACAAAGACCUCAACACCGGAAGUCUGACUUCAUGUCCUCCUGCUCCCAGGGCCUGACAGUUCUCCUGUGCAGUAUUCAGCCCCUCCUCCUUCCAGGGAUGGACAAGGAGCCCAAGCUGGGUGGGGAGACCGCGGGUCCCUCUUCCUCCUGAGGAAGGCCGGUCUCCUCUAAGUAGGCCCCUCGUGGUGGGUGGUGGAUCCAUAAAGAAAACUGUAGACACUACGAUGAGUUCCUCAAGCUGUUUUUUGUUUUUGUUUUUAUGUCCUAGGUAGGUGUCUCCUCCUCUUAAAGCUGCUAUAUCUUCUUUAUUUAUUCAGGGUGUUUUCAUAUUGGAAAGCCUUGGCUAAUCUGCUCUGGAUUUUGAGAUUGGUUUAUUUCUCAGUAGUCAAAAAGGGAGGGGCUAGAUCUUUUUUACUCCUCCUCUGGGACAGGUACUCUCCCUUCCCUAGAAAGAAAUAUUAUAACAUUGAGGACAGGCUUCACGUGGAGAAGCCUCGCUUCUGCACGCAAACGCAGCCCCGUUCUGAAUCGAGCAGGCCCUUCAGGCAGGACUGGAGAUGGGGGCGCUCUCUGGUCUGCCCUCCUCCUCGCAGCUGCUCCGAGUGAGCGGGGCUUCCUUCCAGACAGGCUCUGCCUCUGCGAUGCUCACACCCCUCCAGGGCCUCCAGCUGCAGCUCUGGGGAGUCCCUCGAGAAGCCUGGGGCUAAGCAGGCCAGUCUGCCCUCAGCCCGUGUUGGGGGGUGCCCUGGCCUGCAGGACGACUGUCAGACGCAGUUCACAAAGUGGUGUUGCUAACGGUGUGGCAAUGGGACUGAAUUGUAAUAAAAUGUUAUUUAAUCUUUGUCUCUGUAUUUUGAUACUUGAAUGAUUUCCCCUUCUAUCUUACUGUACAUAUAAUUGUUAAUCUGUCCGAUUUUGUCUAAAUUACGAACAUCUUGUGGUACCAAGCGUAACCGACCUGUGCGACAGCAUAGACUGACCUCACUACAUGAGAGAGUGUAAAUAUUCCUGGGCUUUUGGCUUUGGUUUUGUUAUUUUUGAAACUGUACAACUUAGAACAGACUGAAUUAAUAAAUGAGA